GUGCGCAGAGAAGCGGUUGCCGUUUGCCGUCGCCAGGCGCUUGACGGCGGCUGUCGAGGGAGCGUCCGUCGCCCUCUCUAUGGGGAGGAGAAGAUGGCCCCCUUCCCUGAGGAGGUGGACGUUUUCACGGCCCCGCACUGGCGGAUGAAGCAGCUCGUCGGGCUUUACUGCGACAAGCUUUCUAAAACCAAUUUCUCCAACAACAAUGACUUCCGGGCUCUACUCCAAUCCUUGUAUGCCACUUUUAAAGAGUUUAAAAUGCACGAACAGAUUGAAAAUGAAUACAUCAUUGGCUUACUUCAGCAGCGCAGCCAGACUGUGUAUAAUGUACACUCGGACAACAAGCUGUCAGAAAUGCUUAGUCUCUUUGAGAAAGGAUUGAAAAAUGUGAAGAAUGAAUAUGAACAGUUAAACUAUGCGAAGCAGCUGAAGGAGAGACUGGAAGCUUUCACCAGGGAUUUCCUUCCUCACAUGAAAGAGGAGGAGGAGGUUUUCCAGCCUAUGUUGAUGGAAUAUUUUACUUAUGAAGAAUUAAAAGAUAUAAAAAAGAAAGUAAUUGCUCAACACUGCUCACGAAAGGAAACUGCAGCAGAAAUACUUAGAGGUCUUAGUCUCUGGAAUCAAGCUGAAGAACUCCAGAAAGCUUUUAAAUAUUCUGUGGAUGAAAAGUCAGAUCAAGAAACUGAAGAAACAGGGCAAAUCACCAGUAUUAUUCAUCUUCCUUCUGAGGUGAUGCUGACUAUUUUUAGCUACCUUAACCCACAAGAGCUGUGCCGAUGUAGUCAAGUCAACACCAAAUGGUCUCAGUUGGCUAAAACAGGAUCUCUUUGGAAACACUUUUAUCCUGUCCAUUGGUCCAGAGGAGACUGGUCCAGUGGCCAACCAAGUGACCUAGAUAUGGAACCUGAUGAAGACUGGAUAAAAACCAGAAAAGAUGAAAGCCAUGCUUUUCAGGAAUGGGAUGAAGAUGCUGAUAUAGAUGAAUCUGAAGAAAACUCAGAGGAAUCCUUGGCUAUCAGCAUUAUUCAGAAAGAGAAGGCUGUGUUGCAGGGUGUCAUUCAUAAUGUUCUCCCCCGUGUCGGCACCUCAGUGAAGACGAUGGGGCUGGCAUUCAGUUCAGCUGUGUCUAACAAAAUGGUCAGACAGAUUUUAGAACUUUGUCCCAACUUGGAACAUCUUGAUCUCACUCAAACUGAUAUUUCUGACUCUGCAUUUGAAAGUUGGUCUUGGGUUGGUUGUUGUCAGACUCUCCGGCAUCUUGAUUUGUCUGGGUGUGAAAGAAUUACAGAUGUGGCCAUAGAAAAGAUUUCCAGAGCCCUGGGGAUUUUGUCAUCCCACAAAGCAGUAUCUCAGAAAAGUUGUCGAAACAGGGGUGGAAAAACAAUGUGGAAAAGCAAAGAUAUCACCUUGCAGGCCAGUAAAAAGGACUGUGGCUUGCAUGGUAUUACAAAUGAAAACGUGAUUAAGGAAGAAGGGAACGAAAGCCAUUGGAAUGCAACUGUCGGCUCAGAUGGCUUCAACUCUGCCUAUAUCUGGAUGUUAGAUGCAGAAGAUCUAGCUGAUAUUGAAGAUGCUGCAGAGUGGAAGCACAGAAAUAUCGAGAGUGUUUGCGUUGUGGAGCCUGCAUCCAGUUUCACCUGUUCAGCCUCAUGUUGCGGCAAAGACAUUUUCGGACUAAGGACUAGCAUCUGCUGGCAGCAGCACUGCACUUCUGCUGCCUUGACCUACUGUGGUCACACUUUCUGUUGUGCUGGGACAGCGUUAAGGACUCUUCAGGCACUCCCGGGCUCCUCUGUGCUAUCUAAACAGGCACCAAGGACUAGUAGACAGACAGAGAAGAAAGACUUGGCAUCCUUUGGGAGUGCAAAAUCAGACCAAGAGAUGGCACGGAUUCUGCAGUUCCUCAGUCUGUCAGGGUGUUAUCAGAUAACAGACCGUGGUCUCAGGAUGCUGGCUCGGGGAGGAGGGCUUCCUCAUCUAGAACACCUCAAUCUCUCUGGUUGUCUUACUGUAACUGGUGCGGGCCUGCAGCAUUUGGUCUCGGUGUGUCCUUCUCUGAAUGAUGAACACUUUUACUACUGUGACAACAUUAACGGUCCUCAUGCCGAAACCGCCAGCGGAUGCCAGAACUUGCAGUGUGGUUUCCGAGCCUGCUGCCGCUCUGGUGAAUGACCUGACUUCUUACCUUUCAGUCUACUUCAUUAGCUCAGCAGGCUUUCUUUCAUGCACUUUACUUACAGUUUGUAUCUUGUGUUAACAGCAGUUCCCUUUUGGAGUGCGAUUGGUAGGUCCUUUUUGCCCUGUAAUUCAGAACCAUAUCAGCAAACUGUGUAGUGUCAUGCCUUGCUCGCAGUGUGUCUCACUUUAUUUGGAAGGCCGCGGGCUUGAUUUUUAUGCUGCGAAAAACUUACCAAAACUGUUUUGACACUCUUUCCUGAUGUUUGGCACUUAUACUUUUGAUUUAUUCUGUGCUAACUCUGUAAGAUUCUUUAAGCUCACACCAUAAAUCCUACAGUGAAUUUGAAAUUCUGGGUCACGUUCACCUUUCAGUAGUGACUUUUCCCCCGACUUUCCAGAUCCCAGAGUUGUCCUACUGUAAGAUUAGGGAGAUACCGUCUGUUGUUUGUUUAGCGCUGACUCUGUAUUUUUGAGCUUGAAAACCCGUAAAUGAAACAUUCCCAUCUGCAUCAGAGUUUAUUAGCAUCUGGUAUGUUAAAACACAGUAAGGACUGUGCAGU